AUGUUACUCGCAUUGUUAAUAAUCCAUGUAUCUUCAUCUUUAGCGAUUCUGAAAUCCAAGCAGAUUAUAGAACUCAAAUACCAAAAAGCUCAUGAAGCUGCUUCAACAUACAUUCAACAGUUAAACGGAGAGAUGUUAACAGUUGAGAAGCUUGAACCAUAUGUAGAGAACUACUGGAUCAUGGCAGGAAGUGGCAGCCCCCAAUUCAUCAUUGCUUGCUCGGCGACAACCACUGCCUCUGGGGUAAUAUGUGCUUUAACCACUAUCUUGCACAUCUUUACUGUUGGUUGGUCAAUUUCAGAAUAUACGUUUGACGACUGUGGUUCAGCUUAUGGCAAGUCAACGCAGUGGAUUCUCAUAGUACAAUUUAUCGGAGUCCUACUUGGUACAGUUGCACCACUUUCUAGAUGUUUUGCAUCAUUAAGCUUUAAGGUGUCCAUCGAAAGCCUUCGGAACCAUAUUAAGGUUUGUAAAGUAGAAAGCUAUUGGACUCAGAAGUUAUCUGAUUGGAAAGAUAGUUGCAUUCCAUUUCCAUUUCGUAGCCACAAACGCAUGGUGGUCAUUAAGAAUAUGAAAAGCCUAAUUCUGAAUUUUUCUAUAAAACUUCAGAAAGGAGUUGUGGUAGUAUGCAAGGUAAUUGCGUUGAACCCAUUUUUCUUUACGAUAUGUGUCUUGUAUUGUCUGCGAUGUUUGAAUUGGUUAUUACAACUCGUCUUUUGUUCAUCGGGCAACAAAACAAACGACUUGAAAGGAAUCAACUAUGUUUUGCAACUUGAAAAUGAUAAGGAGCUUGCUGAGAGAACACUGAAAGGUCUUUCUAAAUCUUUUAAGCAAUUGAUCCGGAGGAGUGAAAAGAAACAACCCAAAAAUCUCAUGAAUCUUAUUAAGACCAAAACUACUAAAGGUUUUCAAGGAGUUAGAAUGUUCGGCAACAACGAUCAUCAUGUUCAAUGUUCAUCAUCAAAAGUAGAAUGUCGUGAUUGCUGGAGCUUAGCGGUUGUAACCUUAGCAACCAUUGUGCUUACUCUUCGCAUGAUAAAAAACAUGGAAGUUGAUAGCUUGUUGAAAAGUGUGAGGGAAGGUCUUGACUAUGUGACACUUGUGGAGAAAAACCUCAAUGCUACACCUGAAUAUGUAAGCAUUCAAAAGGUGGCUAAAAGGUUGUGGGAAGAAGUUGAUGUCUACCACAUAUGGUUGGGAAUCAAGUUGAAAGAUGUUGCUCCCCAAGUAACUACAAGUGCUUGUCAAGAGGACGCAACAUUGCAAAUUGUUCGGUUUUUCUUAGGAAAAGCCAAAAACAAGAUUAACGAAGGUGUGGAAAGUAAGAACGGUGAUUCUAAGUUCACGGCUAUUUGUGCCAACUCGAUGUCUCAUAUCACUGAAACAAUCAUCGGCGAUCACAAUGAAAGCCAAAAGAAAUCAUUUGAUGAAUUGAUAUCAUCACGGAUUGCUGACAUACUGGCUGCAUGUCUCACCAACUUACCCCAAGUCAUAGCAAUGGAAUGCCACACAGAUGUCAUAGAGAAAAGGGAGGCAUGUGUCAAAGCUGCAGCCCAACUUCUAGGUGAGACUAAGGAGAUUGUCAAAACCCUUCAAGGCCCAUCUAUGGAAGUUCCAAGUCUAAAACGAGAAGACUUGCCAGUUAUUGACAAAUGGCAUGCAGAACCCUAA